GGAGAGAGGUUUCUACGUAGCAGAAGAGAGGAGAGGGUGGGAGACAAUACCUACCUUUCUCCUUCUAAGCCCUCUCUCACCACCCCUGUACCCCACCCCGCUUCCAUAAAAUCUUCUUUCCAUAAUACAAAUUAGACUUUCUUAGAUAUUGCAUCGUCUUCUCUAUUAAUCUUGUUGUUUUACUGCAACAAUGGAAGCAACACAGAGGAUAGCCUGCAAUGCGGACUUAAUUAACCCACUGUUUACAAUGGGCAUACAGGUCUCCUGCGUUCUUGUCCUCUCUCACUUCUUUCACCUUGUCUUGAAGCCUCUCGGUCAACCCGGACCCAUCGCUCAGAUUCUCGCGGGGGUGGUGAUAGGUCCCUCAGCGUUGUCAAAAAUAGGCGUUGUAAAGAAGACAUUUCAUAGUUCUUCCGAGGAUUACUAUCAAAUUUUGGGAUUAUUUAGCCGUAUAUUUUUUAUGUUCCUGAUUGGCCUCCAACUGGACCUUCCUUAUGCCAUGCGCAACAUACGGCGAGUAGGCACUGUUGCGCUUGGGGGUGCCAUAACGUGUAGUGUGUUUGGUGCUGCUGUCUCCUUGUUUCUAUAUGAUGUACUGGAAAUCAAGGGCAGCAAGUUCUUAUUUGCCCUUGCCUUGAUGAUUAUUAUAACUAAUGCAGCCUCACCAGUCGCAAUUCGUUUGGCAGUUGACUAUAAGCUGGCAACUUCAGAUGUGGGCCGACUUGUCAUAUCUUCUUCCUUGAUCAAUGACAUUUGUUGUGCCUUACUCGUGUGUUUAAUGAGCAUUUUUUCUGCAGCAUCUUCUAAAAUAGGGGGAAAGAUACGAAAUGGUUUCCUUUGCCUCAUACUCGUCGGGGUGGUUGUCAUUCUCAACAAGCAUUUAUCUUUAUGGUUAAACAAAAGGAACCGAAACCUGAAGCACCUAAAGAACACCGAAUUCUUCUGCGUAUUGUCACUCAUAGUAGCAACAGCAAUGUUUAUUGAAUGGAGCGGAUAUAGCAGCAUAGUGAGUUGCUUUCUGAUGGGUAUGAUGUACCCCAGGGAAGGAAAAACAGCUCGAACCCUGAUGCACAAACUAUCCUACUCUAUUCACACCUUUGUACUUCCAGUUUACUUUGGCUACACAGGGUUCCAGGUAGAUCUAGGACAUCUGAAGAGUUUAGAAAAUGCCGAAAUUGUUGGUGCCAUCGUCUUGUUAAGCAUUGGUGGCAAGAUUACUGGCACCCUUGGUGCUUGCCGGAGCCUAAACAUUCCAGUGACACAGGGAGUUGUUCUUGCCUUCCUACUGAACGUGAAGGGCAAUGUAGAUCUUGUCCUGGUGGGCAGUGCCGUACAGAACUAUAAAUGGAGUGCGAAAGCUAACAAUCUGCUUCUAAUUACAAUAAUGAUUAACACAGUUAUAGUGGGGCCAGUUGUGGCUCUCAUAGUGAGUAGAGAAACAAAAUCUUUUGGUUACUGUCAUGUACCGUUUGAACGACAAGACCCAGAGAGGGAGCUACGAAUCCUGGCCUGUGUGCAUGGCCCUCGUCAUGUACCCACCAUGGCUAGGAUAAUCCAAUCAUCAAAUGGGGCUCAAAGCACGCCCAUCUCCCCCUUCUUGAUGCACCUCAUCGAACUUCCUGAGAAGACCAAAACCAAUUUGAUGUAUAAUCAACUGCAAGAUGAUGAGCUGAGUGAUGAUGAUGACUAUGGGGGGAAUGAUGUGGUAGAGAUCAAUGACAUAGUGGAUGCCUUCUUCGCUGAGACAGGAAUCAUGACCCGUCAGCUCAAAGUUGUAUCACCCUUUGCAACAAUGUACGAGGAGGUGUGCAAUGGUGCUGAGGAUUUACGAGCAUCAAUCAUACUCCUCCCUUUCCACAAGCACCAGAGAAUUGAUGGGAAAAUGGAGAGUGGCAAGGAAGGCGUAAGGAUCACCAACCAAAAGGUUCUUCGCCAUGCAACAUGCACUGUCGCCAUCCUGGUCGACCGAGGUUUUUGGCUUGUUGGAGCCCCACAAGGACUGGGCUUUGAAGUACCUCAACAUGUUGCAAUUCUGUUCUUUGGAGGUCCUGAUGAUCGCGAGGCAUUAGCAUAUGGUAGGAGUAUGGGCAUGCAUCCUCAUGUCAAUCUCACCGUCAUCAGGUUCCUGCCUGAAUCAUCAAAGGAUCAUGACGCGGGAAUGAGAAUUGCAUCAUAUAGGGAUGAGGUCUUAAUGUCCAUACCUGGCCGUGAGAACGAGAACGAGGAAGACAAUGCCUUCCUAGCAAACUUCUAUAACAGGUAUGUGACAUCGGGCCGAGUGGGGUAUGUAGAGAAGUACGUUGAUAACGGGGAACAAACAGUGAAUGCUCUAAGGCAGAUGGGGGACAUGUACUCCUUGUUUAUAGUGGGGAAAGGAGGGCGAGGACAGUGUCCUAUAACGAUCGGAAUGAGCGACUGGGAAGAGUGUCCGGAGCUUGGGACUGUUGGGGAUCUUUUGGCUUCUGCGGACUUUGAUGGUUCGGUUUUGGUCAUUCAACAGCAUAGACAUCAGAAGAUAGAGCUUACUGAGGAUUGAGACAAUCAAUGUGAUCUGAAAUAUGUAGUCACCAAAUGCCAAAGACGUCUGCCCCCACGCAUUCCAAACCAUAUGGAGAUUCUCCAUUCCUACACUAAUUUGAAGGUGAAACUCUUUCAUCUUUCUCUUCUUUAGUUGGAUGAAAGCAUCUUGAUUGUAAAUUGAAGAGCUUAUAUAAUUGUUGUAGUUUACCCCUUUUAUUUCAUGGGAAGAAAACUCU